UUCGAUCUUCCGUCCAUUUUCAUUUGCAAAUUCUAAAAAACGACGACGGAAUACAAAAAAUCUCGCCUUUUUGUCGGUUACAAAUAUAUCUCGUACUAGACAAUGUAAGUGAUUUACGGUUUAUGCAGUCAAAGUUUAAUUUUUACUGUUUAUGAAAUCGAACUCCAUCAGGACAGCUGUUUAACGAUCAAUAACAACAAAAAAAAGUAUAUGAAACUAAACAUUUGACCACAAGAUGGAGGACGAGAAUGAAUACAAGAAGCUACCGACAGACGAGAAAUGUGUCCACAAGCUCUGGAAAGCCCGUGUUGCGGGCUACGAGGAGGCCAUCAAGCUCUUCAACCAGAUUGACGAUGAGAAGAGCCCGGAAUGGAACAAGUAUUUGGGGCUCAUCAAGAAAUUUGUGUCGGAUAGCAAUGCUGUUGCCCAAGAGAAAGGUAUGGAGGCCGCGUUGGUGUUUGUGGAAAAUUGCGGGCAUGCCGGCAAGACAACUGGCGAGGUUAUGUCCGGCAUCGUGGCCAAGUGCAUCGCGGCGCCUAAGACGAAGACCAAGGACUUGGCUCUACAGAUCACCCUAAUGUACGUCGAAAUAGAAAAACACGAGAUUGUCCAAGAAGAGCUAAUGAAAGGCAUGGAACAGAAGAACCCCAAAGUCGUCGCCGCCUGCAUCACGACAAUGAACACGGCGCUCAAACAGUUCGGGAACAAAGUUAUCACCAUCAAGCCUAUGGUGAAGAAGAUUCCAGUGCUGCUAGCUGAUAGAGAUAAAGGAGUGAGGGAUGAAAUGAAAGCGCUAGUCGUUGAGAUGCACAGAUGGAUCGGAGGUGCCAUAGAACCACACAUUGCUACUCUACAAGCCGUAGUGCAACAGGAAUUAAGGGACUCUUUUACGACGGGAGGCGCCCAGCCGACCAGAUACUUGAGGUCGCAGCAACACAGAGUGAGAGACACGCCUGCCGCGGACACGGGAGACGGUGCCGUAGAAGACGACGACGUAGACGCAGCGGCCGGCGACACCGCCGACAUGGACCCCUUUGACCUACUCGACCCCGUCGAAAUCCUCUCCAAACUACCAAAAGACUUUUACGACAAACUGGAAGCGACAAAGUGGCAGGAGCGAAAGGAGGCGCUAGACGCUUUGGAUAAUAUUCUCAAGACCGCUCCGAGAUUGGAACCGGGAGAUUAUGCAGAUUUGGUUAGGGCCUUGAAGAAGGUGAUAUCAAAAGACAGCAACGUAAUGCUGGUCGCUCUCGGAGGCCGCCUGCUGGCCGCCGUCGCAUCAGGACUCCGGAACAAGUUCCAGCCGUACGCUACAGCGUGUGUACAGGCCAUUCUAGAGAAGUUUAAGGAGAAGAAAACUAACGUUGUUACGGCGCUGAGAGAGGCUAUAGAUGCUAUUUAUCCUGCUACAAAUCUCGAAGCCAUAAUGGAGGACAUGUUAGCCGCAUUUGACAACAAGAACCCGUCGAUCAAGGCCGAAAGCGCAGUAUUCCUUGCACGCUCUCUCACUGUGACACAGCCCGCCGCCUUCAAUAAGAAACUUAUUAAAGCCUACGUUGGCGGACUGCUUAAACUCAUGGAGAGCGCCGACCCGGCCGUACGCGAGGCCGCUGCCGAGGCGCUCGGGACGGCCACUAAGCUAGUCGGCGAGAAGAACAUCGCGCCGCACAUCGGUAAACUGGAGCCGUUGAAGGAACAAAAGAUUAAGGAGUUUGCUGAUAAGGCGGAGAUCAAAGUGAAAGUGGCCGGGCCGAAGAAGGAGGCGAAGGGCAAGGCCCCCGCGGCCUCGGCCCGCGGCGACCAGCCCGCCAAGCCGGCCGCCGCACUCAAGCCGCCCACGGCCACGGCCACGGCCAGGAAACACAACACAGGUGCAGCUAAGAAGCCCGGCGGUGCAAAGAAAGCGCCGGCGCGGGCGCAACCCAGCCCGCCGCGGGAGAUGGAGCUGGCCCAGGAGGAGGUGGACGCCAGGGCCGAGACGCUGUUGUCCGCCGAUAUAGUUGCAGGUCUCGGCGACGGCAACUGGAAGACCCGCCUGAGCGCCGCGCAAGGCUUCCACUCCACCGUGCAGGGCCUGACCGCCGAGGCCGGCUCGGCGCAGGUGUUGUUCCGCACGCUCAACAAGAAGCCGGGCCUCAAGGACACCAACGUGCAAGUCAUGAAGGCUAGGCUCGAGGCCUGCAAGUACAUUACUGAGAACUUCCCUAUUUCCACGACGGCAGCAGACUUCGUCCUCCACGACGUAGUGGCCAAGCUCGGCGAAACGUCCUGCGCGUCCAUCGCUACCGACUGCCUCACAUCUCUUGCCGACGCGUGCGGCUUCGAACACGUACUCAACGAAGGCCUGAGCUACGCUAUGGACUCGCAGAAAAACCCGAAAGUGCAGUCUGAGAUGUUCAAUUGGAUGAGCAGUGCUAUCAAGGAGUUUGGAUGCACAAUGAAAAUCCAGUCGAUAGUAGCGCAUUCAAAGAAAGCACUCAGCGCGACCAACCCCAACGUGCGAACAUCCACCGUGAACUUCCUCGGCAUACUGUCUUUGUAUGUGGGUCCGUCGCUCAUCACCCACUUCGACAGCGAAAAACCGGCCACCAAGCAACUGAUUACGUUGGAGAUGGAUAAGCAUGCCAAUAGCUCUCCACCUACGCCGACAAGACAGCCUGGGAAAGUUAGCAAGUCUGCGAGUAAAGGAUCCGUAGGCGACGACCUAGACGAGCCAUACGAGGAAGAAGAACCAGCGGUCGUGGAGGACAGCCGCCCGCGCACAGACAUAGCACCGCUCAUCACGGAUGCACUCGUCGCUGAGAUCAAUGACAAGAACUGGAAGGUCCGCAAUGAAGCUCUCGACAAGUUAAAAGCCAUCAUCACAAACUCCUCACCAAUCAAGCCGACCCUAGGCGAGCUGCCGCCCGCUUUAGUGGCCAGACUCCUAGAUUCCAACUCCAAGUUGGCUCAGAGCGCGCUGCAGAUCUGUGAGCAACUCGCAAUCGCUAUUGGGCCGAAAUGCAAGACUCAUGUUAGGACGUUCUUCCCCGCUUUCUUCCAAGCAUUCGGCGACAACAAGCAGUGGAUCCGCACGGCGGCCGUGGCGUGCGUGUCCGCGUGGUGCGCGACGGCCGGCCCGCACGUGCCGUUCGACGGAGAGAUGCUCCUCGACGCGCUCAAAGCCGGCUCCCCCGUGCUGCGGGCGUCGCUGCUGCAGUGGCUUGCGGACCAUUUGCCUAAUGUACCUCCGAAAUCGUUCCCCCGUGAGGAACUAUCGUCCAGCCUGGCCACGCUGUACGCGUGCAUCGAGGACCGCGCCGCCGACGUGCGCAAGGCGGCCGGCGACUGCGUGCUGCCCUACAUGCUGCAUCUCGGAUACGACUCCAUGCAUAAACAACUAGAGAAAUUGAAGCCGGCCUCCAAGCCGGUCGUCCAGGCGGCGCUGGACAAGGCGCGGCCCAGCCUGCCCGUGCAGCCGCUCCCCGGCAAGGGCAAGAAGGACGAGCCCCAAGGCCUCAAGACUGCUGGCGCGCUCAAGAAGGACGCUGACAAGAAGGGCGCCGCUCCUGCUAAGGGCAAGGGCCUGGCCAAAUCGGCAUCGGCGUCCAGCCGCGGCAAGAAAGACGACGAGGACCUCACUCCGCUGCUGCCGCAGAACAACGCCAAGAACCAGCGCAUCAUUGAUGACCAGAAACUAAAAGUACUGAAGUGGAACUUUACAGUGCCGCGCGAGGAGUUCUUUGAACUGCUGAAGGAUCAGAUGGCUACCGCAGGGUUGAACAAGCAACUAGUCGCAAACAUGUUUCAUAAUGAUUUCAGAUAUCACCUAAAAGCCAUAGAAUCCCUCUCGGACGACCUUCACGAAAACGGGCCGGCCCUCAUGUGCAACCUGGACCUAGUUCUAAAAUGGCUGACGCUACGUUUCUUCGACACCAACCCCUCCGUCAUCCUCAAGGGACUGGAGUACCUCGCUACGGUGUUUCAAUUCCUGAGUGAUAAUGAUUAUACGAUGGCUGAGUAUGAGGCUAAUUGCUUUAUACCGUAUUUGAUAUUGAAGGUCGGAGAUCCCAAGGACACCAUCCGCAAUAGCGUGAAAGCCCUGUUCAAGCAGAUUUGCGUCGUGUAUUCCGUCACGAAACUCUUCGGGUACCUAAUGGAGGGCCUAAAAUCAAAGAACGCUAGGCAAAGAGCCGAAUGCCUGGAGUGUAUCGGAAGCCUAAUCGAGACUUACGGCUGGACGGCAAUGUCUCCAUCCGGCACGGUAGCGUUAAAAGAACUCGCUCGGCAUAUCGGAGACCGCGACAACGCCGUCCGUUCCGCCGCGCUCAACUGCGUCACUUGCGCUUACUUCCUGGAGGGAGAGAAGAUCUACAAGAUGAUUGGACAUAUCUCGGACAAGGAUCUGUCGCUGCUCGAGGAGCGAAUAAAGCGAGCGAGCAAGAAUCGCAGCGCGGAGAUUCGCAGGUCGAUGGUUGUGCCGCUUUCUGCGACGGGGCGGCCUAUACAGCAGCAGGCAGAGGAAAUGGAACCCCCGAUCGCGGAGGAACCGCCGCAGCAAGAGGAAUAUGAGGAGGAGGAGGAGGAGGAACCCGCUCCUCCACCGCCGAUGAGACCCGUGGCCCCACGCGUCAUCACCGGGCCGUUCGGUCUGGACCCGGAGCUGAUCGCCAAGCUGGACGCGGCCGUGCCCGUGGUGCGGCGCCCGGAGCUGCCGGAGCACGACCUCAAGUUCCUCGACGAGCCCAUCCCCGUGCGGCCCAACAAGCCCGUCAGCCAGCCCACAGCCCCCGCCAGCAUGGUGCUCGCGUCGCCUCACCACACAGCGCCGCACCACACAGCGCCGCACCACACAGCGCCGCACCACACAGCGCCGCACUCGCUCGCAACACCGCAGCCGCCCACCGUGGACGAUUCGCUGCUCGCCGACACCAUACAUUCUAUCGCCAGUCCAGACCUCAAUGCCGCAAUCCGAGCGAUGUCCCUAAUCUCGAACGCCAUAACCUCCGGGCGUGGCGCGGCGCUGGGCGCGCACGAGCAGCGCCUCGUGGCGUCCGUGGCCACGCAGAUCCGGCGCCUGCGCACCUCCGCGCGCCCGCCCGCCCAGACCCUGCCCGCCUACAAGUGCAUAGCUGGAGCGCUCAUUGCUUUCUACGAGUCCGGCGGCUGCGGGAUGAACGUAGACUCCACCGCCCUCUGUUCCCUGCUCUGCGAACUACUUCGCCUAUUAGGCGGCGGCGCCGUAGCUACAGGACCGGACGGGGAGCGACUCGUGCGCAUACUCAACAACGUCUGCGUCAGGGUGCUGGAGCAUUCGCCGCGGACACAACUGCUCUGUGCCAUCGUGACCCUCCUCCACGAAUCCAUCGGCGUCACGGACCCCGCCUACCCUCGCUACCAAGACCUGCUCCUCAAAUGCUUCUGGAAGACCCUCAAGAUGAUCUCCACAUGGGACGUGAAUUCGAUCGAUUAUGAUGCCGUGUUGUACAAGAUACACCUGUUCUAUAAGGCGUAUCCGAAUAGUUAUUGGAAGAAGAAUCCAGAUAUCAGCGACACUCCGUACAGAACCGUUAAAACGCUGGUGCACACUCUAGUCAAGAUGAAGGGCGGGUCUAUCACCAGCCACCUCACGCAGAUCCCCGACGUCAACGAGUCGGAUCUCUACCCAUAUCUGUUGAAAGUACUCAAGCAACUAAAACUAGACGAGAAGAAAGAAAACACGCCGGACGCCCUAAACGGCGCUUCACUACUACAGUCCAUGACGGGCAACUCGGCGCCGCUGAGCGCGACUUCGAGGUUACCCCGCGCUGUUCAUGAGGAACUAGCGCUGAUACUGAAGCGUAUAGGCAGCAAGGAGCACAAUAGAGAAGCCCUCGCACACCUUUACGACCUACGCGAGCGGCACCCUGAAGUGGACAUCUGGACGUUUAUGCAAGGUUCCUCGUUCUACUUCCGUAACUACGUCGAGCGCGGGCUGCGCGAGGUCGCGGACCAGAGGAAAAUGAACUCUAUGCCCAUGUACAAACACGACUACAAGUCGGAAAACAUUGAUAUUAGUAACGAAACGGAGGAGAAAUCUCAUUUAGUAUUCAUGGAGCGAUUAAGAGCUUUGCAGGCCAAAGCGGGCAUGAAGACGGAAUCAGCGCCCACAUCGCAGCCCCGCACGCCGGUGGACAACCGCGGGCUGCAGGACUCCCUCAUCGAGCACGGCCUGCCGACGCCGCGCGCGCACAGCAUCGACCCGCAGCUAGAGCUCCACUCGACGCAGCCGAUGUCACACAAAAACGAGGCGGCAGUCGACGCGCUCCGCCUCAAACUGCAACAGAUCAAAAGCUCCUCCAAAAGAUAAGGACGCCGCGCUCUCUCCAGGCAGCUCUCUGAACCAUCCCGGCGUCACGGUUAACCUUUACCACGUCUCGUCUAUAGGUGAAGUACAAAAAUUAACACCGUAUGUUGUUAGCCUCGUGAAAAUCCGUUAGAAAGUAAAUCUAUAGAAAACAAUGCGUGAGUUAAAAGUCGAACUUUUUGCGCUCCACCCUAAAAGUUUUCAUGUCACUUUAGUCACUAUUCUCGUGCGAAUGGCGUAUUAAAGGUUAAUGUUCUUAUCGUUUAUAUUAGAUUGGCAAUCUUUAAACUUGCAUGGUAAAGGACUAUGCGGCAAAAUGGUCCAAAAACCAACAGAGUUGAGAGUUCUUAUUUAAUAGGUCUUUUAUCUACUUAUAUUCCAUUAUAUGUAUAGACACCAAGUUGAAUUCCAUUGCAGAACUGAAAUAAUCAAGUUGUAAUCGAGAUGUGCGCAUAUGCAGUAUAUACUGGUUCCUUGAAUCGGUCAAACCAUUCGCACGGUGGCAUUUACUUACUUGGUCUCUAUUACAUACAUACAUACAUAUAAUCACGCCUAUUUCCCGGAGGGGUAAGCAGAUACCACGGAUUUCUACGAUCUGCUACGAUCCUGACAUUGGUACCUCUUACGCUUCCUUCACUUUCAUAACAUUCCUCAUACACACUCGCCGGUGUAGGGUGCUCUUGACCUGGCCUUUCUUCAGGAUUUCCCCAAUCUGAUCAGAGAAAGUCCGCCGAGGUCUGCCCCUUCCAACUCCCGUUUCUACCUCUCCCUUAUACACUCUCUUUGUUAGCCUUCUUUCACUCAUUCUUUCCACUUGUCCAAACCGUCUCAACAUACCUUUUUCAAUUUUUGUCACUACAUCUUCAUUCAGUCCACACUUUUCCCUUAUCACACUGGACUCUAUUGCUUAGUUAAUAAGGGUGACGACAUUUUGACUUAAAUACCAAUAUCUCAGUUAUGCAAUGGAAUUCCGCUUGGUGCCCAUAGAACGAAAUGUACUUCAUAUCAUCAGAUAGAAAUAUUUAUCUAAUGACCUAACUCUCAUUUGUUGGUUUUUGGACCAGGCUCCAUACAAAGCUACCAUGGUCCUUUGUUAUCGAAAUGACAACAAGACAUCUCAAAAUAGAGAUUGCCUUUUAUUCAAAUCGACAAUACAAAACAUGACAAUUUCAUGGACCCAUAUUUAAUUUCUCAGUUAGUUCCUAUAGACCUUAGUAUUAAUUAUCUUAUAAAAGGCCUAUGUGUUUGAAAUUGGAAAUGUUAGCGUCCACGACUUAAUGAAACGUUAGCGCAUGACGUGAAAUCAGCCUAUACAGGGUAAAAUGUGCUUCAGAUGUGCGCAAUACGGUUCAUAUUUCAAUAAACAAAUGAAUUGUCUGUGUAAAUGAACUUAAAAUUUUCAGUUGUGACAUUGUUAGUUAUCCGUUCAGGGAGUACUGCAUACUAGUAUGUGAUUGUGUUUGUUAGAUAUUUCUCCAGUUCGAUUGGCUUUUGAGAUGUUGCUCUUGUUUCGCGAAGCGGACUUACGCAUGCUCGAUAAACAGGUCUACAUCGAGUAAGUUCUUGAAUAAAAAUCGAUUAAAAUCGUUGAAAAAUAUAUGUAGACUUGCUUGUUUAUUGAGAAGCGUGAAACAGCGCAACCCACAAGUGCUGUCUUGCCUGUAAAAGACGUAACAUACUGCAGCACCGCACCAAGGUCACGGUGCGCCGCACCCAUAAGUGUGAGCGAGAAAGAAAUAUCUCUUUCGGUGCGGCGCGGUAGUGUGUUACGGCUUUAAGUUUCGUUAAGUCAGUAUGACGGUUGUUUUUAAAUAAUGACGAAUGAUUUUAAACAUUAGCGAGGUUAAACUAAUGAUAGUGGACAUGAGAUGUAUACUUAUUUUCAAAUUGUAGGUUGUUAACCGUCGUGUCUUGAAUGUUAUGUAUAUGUACUGUGUAUAAGCACUAGUUUGCACUUGAGAAUAUGCCCCAUACAUUGUGAUCAUAUCUGAAAUGAAACUUUAAAAUUUAAAUAUCAUCUUUAUUAUAACAUCUGUAAAAAUCUUGUAUUCGGUGACUACUAUAAGCAGUUCGUAAUAGCCAUUAUGUCCACGAUAGAUAAAAUUUAUCUGUGUAUAAAUUAAAUAUUUAGUAAUUUUGUAACCAUGUUAAACUAGCCAAAACACAAUGUUUACGAAUAUUAAUAUAGACUCCAUUGCUAAAAUGUAUAGUGCUAUUAUUUUGUAUGUUUAUAAGAUCAAUGUAGUUUUCGUCACGCAUGAAGACUAUUAUUGGCGAUUCACGCGUAUUAUUUUAAUGGAUAUUGUUAUUUAUGUAUGAUGUAACUAGGUCAGGAAUCAUUGACAUAAUACUGAUUGAAACUGCGGGACAUUUUAUCGAUAAAGGUGCAUCCACACCGCAGUGAACUUCUGUGGAGCAACACUGUGCAACAGUAAGUAACUAGGUAAGAGUUACCCUUAAGUGGUGUGGAUGCACCUCAACUAUAGCUGGCAUCUUGUCUGUUUUGAGUCCUUGCCUAAUUCCUGAUAUAGUUUUAUUGGAGCGUUUUCUAUGUUAAUAAGACUGUUUUGCGAGUUAAUGUUUUAAUCUAAUACUCAUGAGGUUUAUCUUGUGUUGGUUGAAGCGAGUAGAGGUCAUCCAGUAGGUUUGUAAAAAACUUGAUUAAGCUGCGAUGAGGCCAUAGUUUAUAGUUUAUUUUACUUCAUAUAUUGCUCCAGUUUUUUAAACAAGUCGGGAUAUAUCUAGACUGAUAUGAUUUAAAGUAAUGUUAUAAUUAUAUUAAUUUUGCGACUUGUGGACAAAACUAAAUCUAAAUAAAAUAUUUAAAAAAACAUUCCCUUUCCAGUAUUGGUUCCAUGUAAAAAAUGUUCAUAUCUCAUUCUUCAUGUAAAUCAUGUAUCAUUUAAACUAGUCCCCCUAUUCCAUUAUAAAAUUGUUAGUUUGGGGCGUAAAAGUAAUGGUUCUGUAUCGUAUACAAAUAGACCACUUAGGCUGAUAGUUAAAUUACUGUUAAAUAUAUUUUCAUUAUCACGUGUUCUAAAGGUAUAGAAGUAGCAGUCGCAGACUGUAUGAGCGCCUUAUCAUUUGCCUGUUUAAUAUUUUACGCGCCUAGUUAUAAAGGUGUUAAACGCGCAUUAUAAAAAAUACACAAAGUAUGAUUUAUUCAGUUUUACUUUAGUUCGACUGCAGCAUUGAACAGCAUACUUACAGAGCAUACUUCAGUGUAUACGUCUCUCAAAUGGAGCUUUAUAAAUAGUGUAGCGUCUCUUAUAACUAGGCCGUAUUUGCUAUGCUUUAAAAUCUAUAUUAUGGCCCAAAUAUUAAUUAAUUGAUUGUGUCGAAAACUGAAGGCAUGUUAAUAUUUAAGCCUUGCUUUUUUUCUUUAGUCUAGCGGUUGUAUCUACUUUAUUGUUUUUAACAGAUUUGACUUCAUUCAUUACUAGCAUUUAUUUAUUACGUGUAAAUUAAUGUAUUAAAAUCAUGAAUUACCUAUUAUUAAUUAUAAAGUUCAUACGACACUGAA